AUGGCUUCCACAGCUCAAAGCCUGCGGCCCGUCGUGAUAUCUGGGCCGUCUGGCACAGGGAAAUCAACCUUACUCAAGCGCCUCUUCGCCGAAUACCCAGACAAGUUCGGGUUUUCAGUAUCUCAUAUUGGCAACAAGAACGUUUGCGGAGAAGUACUUUCAGCUAAUGUAACGCUUUCUGUGCUAUAUAUAUGUACAGACACGACUCGUGGACCACGACCAGGUGAGCAAGAUGGCAGAGAAUACCAUUUUACCACCAAGGAAGCUUUCUUAAAGCUCGUUGACGAAGGGGGGUUUAUCGAGCAUGCCCAGUUCGGCGGUAACCAUUACGGAACCAGUGUGGCAGCUGUGAAGCAUGUUGCAGACCAAGGAAGAAUAUGCGUGCUGGACAUUGAGAUGGAGGGUGUGAAACAAGUGAAACGCACCGAUCUCAAUGCCCGAUUCCUCUUUCUCGCUCCUCCCUCUGUUGAAGAAUUGGAAAGGCGCCUACGUGGCCGUGGUACGGAGACAGAGGACAGCCUGCAAAAACGACUUGCUCAAGCUCAGGUUGAACUUGAGUACUCCAAACAACCUGGCGCCCACGACAAGAUCGUUGUCAACGAUGAGCUUGAUGCAGCAUAUCUCGAGCUGAGAGAGUGGGUGGUAGAUGGCGGGAGGUUUGGCUCGCAGUAG